GCUUUAUCAUUUUAAUAGUCAAAAACUGUUCCCAAAAGUGGAAUUUUAGAGGACAUUAUUAUGCCACAGCCCACCGAAAGCAGAGUUUGAAAUGAAGCAUCUCAUUCCAAUUCUGAUUCCUCACCAACGUGAUUGCAGGACAAGUUAAUUGUUUGCUAUUCAUUACCUGUUCAGUGUCUUGACAAAACUGAUUCUGUGAAGCAACCCACACAAGUCUUCUCUAAUGACAACAAAUCAGAACCAAAAUCUACAAUGGGCUUUAACCGCUCUAAAUUCCAGAAAUCUAGUCCUGCACAACGUAACCUUCUGCCUCUGUCAACCAGUUUCUGGUUGCCAUCAAGAAACAGAGAAGUCCAUAAUCAUAAACAUCUCCGAAGAAGCCUUUUCGUGUUUCUCACAGCUCUUGGAAGCCUUACGAGCUACUAAAUCAUCUUUGCAUAUCAUGGAGUUCCACAAUGUUGUCUGGAGGUUGCCACAAGUGAAAGAGCUGAGCAAUUUGCUUGACAGUUCCUUCAACGUGAAGCAACUAGUGUUUCAAAGGAAUAACUUCUCAGUAGAAUGCUUAUUGGAGAUUUCGGAUAUGAUGAAGAAGAAUAGUGUGAUUAAGGAGCUUAUGUUUUCCGAGUCCUCCAUUGGUUCUGUCGGAGCUGGCCUUAUUGCUUCUGCGCUUAAGCAGAAUAGAAGUUUAGAAGAGCUACAGAUUUGGGAAGACUCGAUUGGGUCUAAGGGUGCAGAAGAACUCUCUAAGAUGAUCGAGGCAAAUGCCACACUCAAGUUACUCACUGUAUUUGAUUCAAACUCAAUCACAGCAACCCCGCUGAUUUCUGCAGUUCUAGCAAGGAACAGGUCCAUGGAAGUUCAUGUUUGGACUGGUAAACAGCGAGAAAAAAGCUCUAAGGUGGUUGAAUUUGUACAUGCCAGCUGCACGUUACGGAUAUACAGGCUUGACAUCUCUGGUGCUUGCAGGGUUGCUUGUGCGUUGGGUUGGAAUUCAACGGUUAAAUCACUUGAUAUGACUGGGGUCAGGCUGAAGUCUCGGUGGGCUAGGGAGUUUAGGUGGGUUUUGGAACAAAACCGCAGCUUAAAAGAGGUCAAUUUAUCAAGAACUUGUUUAAAAGACAAGGGAAUUGUGUAUGUUGCAGCUGGACUAUUUAAAAAUCAGAGCCUGGAAUGUUUGUAUCUUGAUGGGAAUUGGUUUGGUGGUAUUGGUAUCGAGCACUUACUAUGCCCAUUGAGCAGAUUUGGUACUUUACAAAACCAAGCAAACUUAACCCUCAAGUCUGUGACUAUAGGUGGAGGAAGGACAAGAUUUGGAAGGAAUGGGCUUGCUGCCAUCACGCAGAUGCUGACAACCAACCAGAGUGUGAUCCGUUUAGGUAUAUAUGACGAUGAAAGUUUAAGGCCAGAAGAUAUCAUCAAAAUCUUUAAGAGCCUUGAGACGAAUGCCACAUUAAAGUUCUUGUCUUUAAGAGGUUGCAAAGGGGUUGAUGGGGAUUUGGUCUUACAUACAAUACUUGAAAUAUUACAAGUAAAUCCUUGGAUCGAGGACAUUGAUCUUACAAGAACUCCGCUACAGAAUUCUGGGAAGACAGAAGGUAUAGGUCUGAAGCUGGGUCAGAAUGGAAGAAGUGAGCCUGAUACUGAUUUACUUAAGGACAUACCUAUGACAGUGCCCAAGAGUUGUAGAGUCUUCCUCUGUGGGCAAGACUAUGCUGGAAAAACCACUCUGUGCAAUUCUAUACUGCAUAACAUUUCUUCUUCGAAGCUGCCUUACAUUGAUCAACUAAGAAUGCUUAGGAAUCCAGUUGAGCAUGCUGUCAAAACAGCAGGGAUUAAAAUAAAGAACUGUAAAGAUGAAGACACAAAGAUUUCAAUAUGGAACCUUGCUGGUCAGCACGAGUUAUAUUCCCUCCACGACCUCAUGUUCCCAGGUCAUGGAAGUGCAUCACUUUUCAUAAUUGUAGCCAGUUUGUUCCGAAGACCUAGCAAUCGAGAACCAAAAUCCCCAGUGGAAAUAGAAGAAGAAAUUCAGUACUGGCUAAGAUUCAUUGUUUCCAACUCAAGACGAGCAGUCCAACAGUGUAUGCUACCAAAUGUAACUGCUGUGCUAACACAUACCGACAAAAUCAAUCAGAUAGAGAAUUUGCAGGGGACUAUAAAUGCAAUACAGGGAUUGAGAGAUAAGUUUACGGGGUAUGUUGAAUUCUAUCCAAAUGUAUUCACUACUGAUGCAAGAUCAUCUGGGAUGGUAAGUAAACUCUCUCAUCAUAUCAAGAGAACAAGCAAAACUGUUCUUGAAAGAGUUCCUCGGGUUUAUGAGCUUUGCAAUGACUUAAUUCAAGCAUUGUCAGACUGGAGGUCAGAAAAUUACAACAAGCCGGUGAUGAAAUGGAAAGACUUUUGUGACAUAUGUCAGAUUAAGAUUUUGUCUCUGAGAGUUCGGUCAAGAUCUGAUAACAAGGAAAAGGUGGAUAUGAGGAGGAGGGCUGUCGCUCUGUGUUUACAUCAUAUAGGUGAGUUAAUUUAUUUUGAUGAAUUGGGGUUUUUAAUCCUGGACCUUGAGUGGUUUUGUUGUGAAGUACUAGGUCAGCUAAUAAAAUUGGAUGCUAGAAAGCAAAACUCGGCUGAACAUAAUGGAUUUUCAAGUAGGAAAGAGUUAGAGAAGAUUCUCAGAGGUAGCUUACACAGCCAGAUUCCAGGAAUGGGCUCUAAAGUUUUUGAAAACUUAGAGCCUAGUGAUCUUGUGAGAAUGAUGAUGAAACUAGAAUUAUGUUAUGAACAAGAUCCAUCAGAUCCAAAUUCACUGCUAUUGAUACCGUCAACACUUGAAGAAGGCAGGGAAAGAACACCGAGAUGGGUAUCAAGCACACCUGACUGCGUAUAUGCAGGGAGGCAUCUCAAGUGUGAUGAUUCCAGUCACAUGUUUCUUACUCCAAGCUUCUUCCCUUGCUUACAGGUGCAUCUCCACAACAAAAUAAUGAGGCUGAAAAGCGACCAUGGAGCAACAUACAUUCUGGAGAAGCACCUUAUAAUGAUAAAUGUUAAUGGCAUGCACAUCAGAAUUGAGCUUGGAGGAAAAUUAGGUUACUAUAUUGAUGUGCUCUUUUGUUCCACCAAAAGCUUGACCGAAACUCUGAGAUUUUUCCAACAUAUUAUAGUUCCAGCAAUCCAAACUCAAUGCCGUGGUGUCACACUGACAGAAAACAUUAUCCGGUUAGAAUGUGUUAAAAAUCUUACUCAUCCAAGAUACAGAAAAACACAAGCCAUACCUAUACAACAAUUGAAGCAGGCAAUGCUCUCGGUCCCUGCAGAAAGUAUGUAUAAUUACCAGCACACCUGGGGCUCAGUCUCAGAUUCAGGGAGAACUGUUUUAAGAGAAUCAUUUGAUUUGGCUCGUGACCUCUUAUCAGAUGAUGAUUUCCGGGAAGUGCUUCACAGGAGGUGCCAUGAUUUACACAACCUUGCAGUGGAACUACAAGUUCCACUAGAAAACAACCUAGAAGGAAAUGUGCCUUCUUCAUCUAUCAGCGCACAAGCAAAUAGUAAUGUUGAUCCGACAUUUGUAGGAAUUGCCAAGGGUGUUGAAGAAGUUCUGCAGAGACUGAAGAUCAUAGAGCAGGACAUCAGGGAUUUGAAGCAGGAAAUUCAAGGAUUGAGAAUUUUGGAGCACCGGCUUCUAUAUGAGCUGCAUCGCAAAGUAAAUUAUCUAGUGAACUACAGUGUGCAACUUGAAGAAAGAAAAGUACCCAACAUGUUCUAUUUUGUGAGAACAGAAAACUACUCGAGGAGACUGGUGACCACCAUGAUAUCAGGCAUGAAUGCACUAAGGCUGCACAUGUUAUGUGAAUACAGAGGAGAGAUGCAUGUGGUUGAAGAACAGAUUGGAUGUGAAAUGAUGCAGGUGGAUAACAAUUCGGUUAAGUGUUUGGCUCCGUACAUGAAAAAGUUCAUGAAAUUGCUGACAUUUGCCUUAAAGAUAGGAGCCCAUUUAGCAGCAGGGAUGGGAGAGAUGAUACCUGAUCUGAGCAGAGAAGUUGCCCGCCUAGUAGAGUCUCCGAUGCUUGGUGCAGGUGCAGGUGCAGGUGCAGCAGCAGCAGCAGGAGUUGUAGGAGCAGCGGCUAUCGGGGGGAGUAGGGGGUUGAACAGGAGCAAAGGGGACAAUGAGCACGACCUGAGAUUAGCGCAGCAGUGGGUGAUGGACUUCUUAAGGGAGCAAAGAUGCUUCACUGGGAAACAAAUUGCAGAGAAAUUUGGACUGUGGAGAAUCAGGUACAGGGACGACGGCCGCAUUGCUUGGGUGUGUGCUAGGCAUUUAUGCACCAGAGGAAAUGAAAUUGUUCAACUCCCGGUUUGAUUCAUGCUUGAAUCUGCCUGCCUGCCUGUCUUGUUUUUUUCUCAGCUUCUUAGUCAUGCAAGCUGACAAGGUCUUUUAAUAUUACUAACAUGGUCUGUCUUUAAGCUGGAUAGUCCAAGUGGUUAAGGGUUUAUCCUCUGUUUGCCGAGGUCCUGAAUACUCAAAUUGCUAUAAGUCAUAUUAGCCCAAAUAAAAACAUGGUCUGUCUUUUUGACUCAAACUAGAAAACAUCAGUUGACAAGAGCUUGCCACCUAUUGGAGUGGGGAUGUUGCCAGGACGUUGUCAACAAGGCAACUUUUCUAUAUACCUCAAACUUAUAAAUUUCUCUGUAUGUUAUUUUUUUCGUGUCACUUUAUCAUUUCUAACUAGGAUUGUGUACGAUUUCAUCUUAUUAUAUCAUUGUUUGAGGUUGCUAGUUA